CCGGGAGGCCGCCCAGGGAGGGGGCGCCGCGACGGUCCGGGCCGCCCCCCCGGGCACACGCGCUCCUUCUCCCGUCAGCCCCCCCGGGCGCGCCCGUCGGCUUCGGCGUCCUCUCGCCGAUGAGUUGCAUGAAGGACCCGUUAAGCCUGGAGCGCUUGGGAGCCGGGAAUAAUAAGCUGUGCUCUUCCUCACCUUCCUCCUCCUCCUCCUCGUCCUCCUGCCAUCACCAGCAGUCCGCGCUGGCCAUGGCGACGGCGCUGGCGCCGGGGCAGGCUCGCUCCUCCCUGGAGGCCGCCAAGCACCGGCUGGAGGUACACACUAUCUCCGACACCUCCAGCCCCGAAGCCGCAGAGAAAGAGAAGAGCCAGCAGGGCAAGAGCGAGGAUGCGGGGCCCGAGGACCCCUCCAAGAAGAAGCGGCAGCGGCGGCAGCGGACGCACUUCACCAGCCAGCAGCUGCAGGAGCUGGAGGCCACCUUCCAGCGGAACCGCUACCCGGACAUGUCCACCCGCGAGGAGAUCGCCGUCUGGACCAACCUCACCGAGGCCCGGGUUCGGGUGAGUCCGGGGGCGGAGCGGGGAGAGAGAUCCGCGGCCUCUUUCAGUUUCGGGUCGGCGCGGAGAGCGGCGCUCGGCCCUCCGGCUCUGCUCUCGCUGCGGAGCGCGGCCCCCCGCGGAGCGUUCCGCCGUCACGGUGCCGCUCCUUCCGACGGGAACCUACGGAAACCAUUGGCAGGGAGAGCGGCCGGGACCAGGCUGCGACCUGCGCGGCCUCUAACGAGAAAAAGAUGUACAACACACGCGGGCCGUCGCCUCGCUCUCGACGUGCCCUUCCGCGCAUUUUCUUUCGCUUCGCAAUUCGCCAAGCGCCUCUCCGCCCUUUCCCCUCUCUGAGAUUUAUGGGAGCCAUCGGUGCGUUGCGGACUUCCCGAGGCCACAUCCUGCGUGCGUGCAAAC